UAUUUGCUAUCUUUAACUUAUAAAUAGAAACUGCAACAGUUAAUAGAUUUAUUCUUAACUUAUUUUAAAAUAAACCGAAAUGAAAAAUUUUUAAAUUUAACAAUUAUAUUUUAAAAUAUUUUUUAAUAUUUCAUUAUUUCAUUAUAUAAAUAAAUCAAAAUAAAAAAUUUCAGAAGAUUUUUAAUAAGUUAUAGUUAUAAUUGAAUUUUUGCAAUAAUUAUUUUUGUUUUAGUUUAUUAUUAAAUCAUAGCAAAUACAUUUUAGAAAAUAUCUAAGAUGAAAUAUUUAAUUUUAAGUAUUUUAUUUCUAGAUAAGUAUAACACAAAACGUAUACAUUCAUAAAUAUAUAAAAAAUUACGUAAUAUUUAUAUUUCAUGCUAUAUAAUAAUAUUAUAUAUCAUAUCAUUUUUUUUCAUUUUUUUUUAUAAUAAUUAUGAUACAUAAUAUAUAUUAAAUAUUUUUUUUAUUUAAUUUUUAUUUAAUUUAAAUAUAUAAUAUUUAAUGAUAAUUAUUAAUUACAAAUAAAAUUUAUCAUUGAUACAAUUGUCGUUCAUUUCAUUUAAAUAUAAUUUUUAAAAUAUUAAUUUUCAUUAAUAUUUAUUGUACUUUUUAAAUAAUUUUAUAAAUAUUAAAAAAUAUUUGAAAGUAUAAUUAAGUAUGUUGGUCAUAUCUUAUUAUAUAUUUAAAUUAAAAAUAAAUUUGUACAUAUAUAUUUACUAUUAUUAAUAGUUUAAAAACAUUCUUUUAAUUACAUAUACUUGUAGUUCAUAAAAUCUGACCAAUGAACUCUUGUAUUUUCUCAUAAAAAUGAGAAUUCUAAUGAGUGAAAAUCAACCAUAAAAAAUCAUUGCUAACAUAUUCUACGUUUGAUCUGUUUUCUUAUGAAACAUUUUUAGAAUGUGUUACGGAACACGCACGACUGUCGUGACAGAAAAUUGAGUCAGUUCCGCAAGCAGAGCGCGAGAGCGGUUGUGUCUCUGUUCCGUUUAUAAUUAUAAAAUACAUUCGUAUAUGAUGGCGUCCGCGAAAAGAAAGCAAGACGAGAAGAAUUUGAAAAUAUUACGCGAACUGGUUUCGCAAUCUGGUAAUAAAGAAUGUUUUGACUGCCAUCAACGAGGCCCAACUUACGUCAACAUGACAAUCGGUUCAUUCGUCUGUACUUCUUGUUCUGGUAUGCUACGAGGUUUAACACCACCACAUAGAGUAAAGUCAAUUUCUAUGGCAACAUUUACACAAGAGGAAAUAGAUUUUAUAAAGGAACGUGGUAAUGAAUAUUGCAGAAGAAUAUGGUUAGGCUUGAUGAAUCAAAAUUCAUCUCAAAAUUUAGAUACAAAAGAUGAACAAAAAAUGAAAGAUUUAAUGAGUGCAAAAUAUGAACUUAAAAGAUAUUAUUUGGAUCCAUCCAUGGCAAAUCAAAACUCCAAUCAAAAGUCACAAUCAUCUAAUCAAAUCAACAUUCCAAGGGUUCCACAUUCUGGAACAUCUACAUUAUCUUCCACAUCAACUUCAAAAAUAAACAAUGUUGAGUCAGUUAAUUUUAAUAAUUUUUCAACAGAUUUUGUAGCUGAUUUCAGCAAAGUUCCUGAUCCAUUUAUUAAUACAACACCUGCAAGUAAACUCAGUCAACCAAUUGUACCUCAGCCAUUCUUUGCCAAUUUUGAUAACAAUCCUGUUUUUAAUAGUCCAAAAAAUACAAAUGUUGAAUCCUUAAGUCCACUUAGUCAGACUACAGGAAAUUUGACUAAUACAAUGAAUGCAAAUGGUACACAUGUACCUCCAUCAGAAGAUCGUUAUGCGGCACUGAAAGACUUAGAUUCCUUAAUGAAGCAAAUACAAUUGAAAGAUGAUACUGCAACAACAUUAAAUACAUCUACAUGGAAUACUAAUAAUGCUACAAAUUCAAUUUGGAGUGUAGGAAAUCAAACUACAAAUGUAAUUUCAAAUCCAUUUACAACUGGUGAUUUAUGGCGACCAUCUAAUGUGGUUAAUAAUAAUACACAAUCAAUUGAUACUUCUUUAUACAAUCCUAUUAAUCCUUUUAAACCAGUACAAUUUCCUGUGAAUAAUGAUCCACAAUGGGUAGGUAUUGGACCAUCUAGUAACAGAGAUGUAAUUCAAUUUAGUCAAUUAAUGACAAAUAAAGUAUGGCAACCAACUCUUCCUGCAUAUCAUGCAAAUCCAUUUAUGGUUGGUUCUGGUGUGAGCAACAUGACAAGAAAUUCGAACAAUCCUUUCUUAUGAUUAAAUAAGCAUAAGUUUUUAAUGGAAUUACGAACAAAUAAUAUAGACCUAAAAUAUGUUUAGCUUAGGGCAAUUGUUUAUAUAUGUGACCUUAUUGGCAAUUAGUGCCAUUAAUUUUUAUCUACAGGAGCACCAAUCUCUUAUUCAUAUAACUAAAUAAUACUUUUAUUUAUGAAUAUAAUAUACACGUUAAAUAAAGAUUAAUAUUUGUUACCAA